UACACAGAAACUCAGGAGAAACGAAAUGAUCUGCUCUGGAGCCGCAGCAAAAUGCUGGAUGGACACCUACUCCUGGGAUGGUUAUCAUUCACAAUUAUAGUCCUCCUCAUCAACUUGCCUGGACCAACCACUGCAUAUUUUGGGCUGACAGUUAAUGAACCCCUGUCCAUCCUCCCCCUGAACACUGAGCCUGAGGAAACAGCAGGCAAGGCUCACUACAAACUGUGCGACCGGCUGAAACUGGAGAAGAAGCAGCGGAGGAUGUGCAGGCGAGACCCUGGUGUGGCGGAGACCCUGAUGGAGGCCAUCAGCAUGAGUGCCCUCGAGUGUCAGUACCAGUUCAGGUUCGAGAGGUGGAACUGCACCCUGGAGGGACGCUACCGUACCAGUCUGCUCAAAAGAGGAUUCAAGGAGACCGCGUUCCUAUAUGCCAUCUCAUCAGCAGGGUUGACUCACGCCAUGGCCAAGGCCUGCAGUGCGGGCCGCAUGGAGCGCUGCACCUGUGACGAGGCACCAGACCUGGAGAACAGGAAGGCCUGGCAGUGGGGAGGAUGCGGGGACAACCUCAAGUACAGUAACAAGUUUGUCAAGGAGUUCCUGGGCAAGAAAUCCAGCAAGGACCUCCGGGCCCGAGUUGACUUGCACAACACCAACGUCGGAAUGAAGGUGAUCAAGGCAGGAGUGGAGACAACGUGCAAGUGCCAUGGAGUAUCUGGAUCCUGCACGGUCCAGACCUGCUGGCGACAGCUCUCUCCUUUCCACGAGAUUGGCAAGCAGCUGAAGCAGAGAUAUGAGACCUCACUCAAGGUGGGCAGCACCACCAAUGAGGCGACGGGGGAAGGAGACAUCUCCCAUGUCAGGAUGCAACCCCUGCCUGGCCCCAGCGACCAGAUCCCCAGGACCACCGAUCUCAUUUACAUCGACGACUCGCCAAUUUUCUGCCAGGUGAGCAUGUAUUCACCAGGGACCUCUGCGAGGAAGUGCUACAAGGACAAGAACUGCGAAAGCAUCUGCUGCGGCCGAGGUCACAACACUCAAAGCCGGGUAGUGACCAGACCCUGCCAGUGCCAGGUGCGCUGGUGCUGCUAUGUGGAGUGCAAGCAGUGUACACAGAGAGAGGAGGUUUAUACCUGCAAGAAUUAACACAGAACCCCCUCAGGGGUCCAAAUGGGGGAAAAACAGGUGCAUAUUCUAGAUGGGAGAAUAUUUGUCUUAAAUUGAAAAUGAUCUACAUACAAAGAAAAGAAAAAUGCGUGAGGGACGUCAAGGAACUUUCACUAUGAUAUUGAUGAUGACGAUGUAUGCACUUUGAGUGGUUCCAAUGAGCUGUUGUAUGAAGCUUCUCCCAGGGUUGGGUCCAGUGCAACCCCAAGAAGAAUCCCCUGUCAUAACAAGAAGGGUCAGGUCAGGAAUAAGGAAUCUCAAAAGGUUUGGUCUUUUUCUCAAAAGCCAAAUUCAGAUGGAUCCAUCAAUAGACCAACAAGACAUGCAGGUUGACUGAACAUCGUUUGUGUUGAAUGGUCAAGGAUGCAACCCUUGCACCAAAAUCAUAGCUUUGGUGGAAGCAAGUUUGACUGGAAUGCACAGCUGGCAGAAAAUAAGGGCCAUGACUUACUAAAGGGCAUCUAGAUAAAUUAAGACAUAGACUGAGUGAUGUAACAGGGUAUGGAUGUUUUGUUUUGUUUUUUUUGUUUGUUUUACCACUUUUUAUGUCUAACCACUAGCCACACAUGCUACUAGAGUAUUGUGAGGUUUUCAAUUCCAAUAUACUUUGACAAGACCUUGUAGAAAUAAAGUUACUCUCACUUUCUUUCUGUGGAAAUAACUUUUGGAACUAAGAAGUACAGUGUACUGUAUGUUCACUUGUAGCUUGCUUAACCUGGAUCAUAAGUCUUUUUUUCAUAUUUUUGACAGUUGACAAUUCCCUUUGUCCGAAAAAAAAAAAAAAAAAAAAAAAAUCACAAUCCUCCAGGUUAUUCUGACAUCUUGCCAGUCAAUUAUUACGGCUAUUUUGACUGUAAUUUUCCUCAACGACUCACAUUCAGGGGCCAACUGUAACCACUAUGCUUGGAAAAUGCGAUGCUAAACUAUAGCAACACUGGGUUUGAAUAGAGAGAAGCAGGGUAUUUUUCUGGCACAAACAAGACUGAGUAAAUGUACUGUGGUGAGCACUGGUACAAGCCCUGUAUGACAUAGGAGGAUACCUUAUGAUAGGGACAAUCAGUGGAUAGUAUUUUAUACCCAGUAUUUGUCAACAAAUGUGUAUUUUAACCAGCAUGUUCUGCCCAUCCCAUGUGUCAUUGUGACAUUGUGUGUAUUCUCAAUAUAAUGGGAAGAUGCCAUUUUUUUUUUUUCACAAACCUACCUACCACAAAUAAAUGACUGACUAGAGGAAAAGAAUGACUGCUUUACACCUAGGUAGUUUCCUGGUAGAACACCCCCCCCCCCCCCCCCCCCGACAUGCCAUGAUAAUGCGUUAUCAACAUGGAUGCUUUCUCUGCUAGGAGGGGACCCAAAGCAAGAAAACAUUUUCUAUAUGGAUACAAUCUGUAUAGAGAUGUAUUUAUAGUUCUGAAAAAAAAUGUGAGACUUGUAAAAAUGUUAGUUUUUAUAUUGGUUUCAGUUUGGUUUUUGUAUGGUAAACCCCGAUAUACUAAAGAGUAAGUGCACAGAAAUAUCUUUUGAUGGUGUGUACACAGCCUGCUUACCUUCCAAUGAUGUAUAUAAAUGCUUUUUACUGUUUUGUUUUUCUAUUUUUUCCUGAUCACUGUGAGCAAUUUCUUGGUGGUUUUUAGUUUGAUUCCAGAAAUAGGUCUGUCUGGUGUUGUAUUAUGCCAUCAAGGGAAACAUUGUACGAGUGAAAAACAGAGAGAAAUAGAGAAAAAAAAAAAAAAAAUAU